AUGGCAGAGAGAAUAGUAUCAAACUCCACCGCCACCCCCACCGCCUCCACUGCCUCCGCUGCCUCCACUGCCGCCGCCGCCUCCACCGCCGCCUCCACCGCCGCCUCCUCCGCCACCUCUGCUCCCACCGCCACCGCCGCCGCCGCCUCCGCCUCCACUGCCGCCACCGACCCCCCCACCCCCACCUCCACCUCCACCGCCACCCCCACUCCCCCCACUGCCUCCACCUCCACCUCCACCGCCCGCUCCUCCAGCUCCCUUGCCCCCCUUGCCCUUGCCAGAGCGGCGUCUCCCGCUAGGGGCAGACGCCGCACCGACCGAAUCAAGACCAAGGAGGUCGGCCGCAGCAGCAGAGGCAACAGAGGGCACCAGGGGGGAGGGAGAACACCCCUCAAAGAUGGGGGUGCGCGGGUCACCUCGAGAGGCUCCUACAGCGACUAUGCUCUUCUCUAUCGCGAGGAGGGCCUUCUCGAGGAGGUCUACAAUGAGUGUGGUGGGACAGACUGA